AUGUUUAUGAAGAACGGAUUGGCUACUCAUGCCUUAUUUAUGAUCAACGAAUCGAUUAUCUCAGAAUGCUCCGGUUGCGCCUGUCUAGGUCAAGAAAUGAACCUGGCGUACGACUUACCUCCAGAGGUGAGCACAAAGGAAACGAGCGGCUUGACCAACCUUCAAGAGCAUCAAGGAUGCAGCGAGGAGAACAAAGGGCACGGAACCCACUGGGCUACUCUUGCACGCGACGGAGGAAAGUGCAAGAUUUACCUUCGCCCGCUUUGGUCACUCGACGAUCAACUGGAAUACAGGUGA